GUUUUGAUUGGCAUCAGCCACUGUAGCGGUGUGCAAUUUUGCACACCGUACGUGGCAAAUGUUUUUUUUUUUUUUAUUAUGCGAAACGCACCGUUCGUUACAUCAACGCAAUCUGAAAUACCCAUUUCGAAUUGAAACCCCCCCCGCGUUGAAAUCGAGCCCGCGUAGAAUACAGUCCCCGCCCGCGUCGAACGUCAUCUCCCCACUCCCACCGGCGACGCCGUCUGCCGUCCAACCAUUUUCGCCGGUUGAAAGCAUCUGGCGACGUCGUCUGUUUGCAGCCGUGACGCCAUUUUCACCGUCGCUCAGCUCAGCACCCGCGACAGCGCCACCCAACCUGAAGCUCACCAGCGCCGAAGAACGAAAAUAAAACUGUUUACCCGGCCAGCUGCGAAACAACGAGAGAUUUUUGUGAUGGGGGAAGAAGAUGAAAUGACACCCAGGCCAUCGACUUCAACUUCGCAGUCGUUAAUGACGCCUCAAAAUACAUGUUCAAAUGACUACCAACAAAAUCCUGAAUUUAGAGUGUCCCACCCUCCGCCUCCGAGUAAUCCGGAUAACUUUACUCAAGAAUUUUCUCCCUCUACAGAAUUUCAAGAAAAUGUUGGAAGUACAUUUUCUGAUGCGGCUGAUGAAAUGUUAUUUGAUUUAGAUGAAGAUUUAGAGGGUAACACUGUUAGCCCAGAUGGUGAUGCCCGGGUUGAAGCACCAAGAUCCGGUAUGGAAUUUCCUAGUGAGAAUGAGCUGACGGCGUACUAUAAACAAUAUGCCAAGCAAGAGGGAUUUGGUGUAAGGACACAGAGGACUAAAAAAGAUGAUGAUGGGAGGCCCGUUUAUGUUACUAUUGGAUGUGCCCGUGGGGGAAAAUACCAACCUAAGAACAUUAAUCCCUCGAAGCCACGUGCAACAACUAAGACGGAUUGUAAAGCCAAGGUCAAUGCGACAUUGAACAAGAAUGAAAAAUGGGUUAUCACCACAGUUGAACAUGUGCACAACCACAUUACUAUCAGCCCAAAGAAAUCAAGACUGUUGCGAUCUCACAAACGUCUAGAUGAAUACAGUCAACGGAUUCUCGACCUCAAUGAUAGAGCAGGUAUUCGGUUGAAUAAGAAUUAUUUCUCUCUUGUCGUUGAUGCUGGGGGUUUUGAGAAUUUAGAUUUUCAAGAGAGAGAUUGUCGUAAUUUCAUUGAUAAGGCGAGACAUUUAAGAUUGGGUAAAGGAGGUGGAGAUGCCCUUUAUGCAUACUUCCAGAGAAUGAGAAUGCAGAAUGAUGGGUUUGUUUCUGCCAUGGAUGUGGAUGAUGACGGAAGGUUACGGAAUGUAUUUUGGGCUGAUGCACGGAGUCGAUCGGCGUAUGAGUAUUUUGGGGACGUUGUGACCUUUGAUACGACGUACCUAACAAACCGGUACGGAAUGCCUUUCGCUCCAUUUGUUGGGGUUAACCAUCAUGGGCAAUCGAUACUACUAGGGGCAGGGUUGUUGUCAAGCGAGGACACGCAUUCAUUUGUUUGGUUGUUCCGCACGUGGUUGGAUUGCAUGAAUGGUCGAGCGCCGAAAGCCAUUAUAACCGACCAAGACCGGGCAAUGAAGAAUGCCAUUGAGAUUGUAUUUCCGGGAACCCGCCAUAGGUAUUGUCUUUGGCAUAUAAUGCGCAAACUUCCAGAGAAGUUAGGAUCUCACUCUCAUUUCUCUACAGGGUUGAAGACCUCUAUUCAGGCUGCAUUGUAUGAUUCACAGACAUGCUCGAAAUUUGAGAAGAGGUGGUGCCACCUUCUAGAUAUGUAUGAUCUCAGAGAUAAUAAUUGGUUGAAGUCCUUAUUUGAGGAAAGGACGUUUUGGGUUCCGGUUUAUUUGAAGGAUGUUUUUUGGGCGGGCAUGAGCACGACACAACGGUCAGAAAGCAUGAAUGCUUUUUUUGACGGAUAUGUCCAUUCCGGUACAACAUUGAAGGAAUUCGUGGACCAGUUUGAUAAUGCUUUAAGGAAGAAGGUGGAGCUAGAGACAACGGCUGACUUCAAUUCCAGUAACCAAACGAUCCCCUGCGUCUCCCCUUUUAACUUCGAGAAGCAGUUUCAGAGCUUAUACACAAAUGCAAAGUUUAAAGAGUUCCAAAAAGAGCUGAUGGGCCUAAUGUGUUGUAAUUGCACAUUGGUGUGCAAACAGGGGUGCAUUUCAACCUUUGAUAUCUUGGAUGAAAUCUCUAUUAAUGACUGCAACAAAAUAGUCCACUACACACUUUAUUUUAACGAAAAGGAGUGUGAGUUGAAGUGCACGUGUGCAUUGUUUGAGAUGAGGGGAAUUUUAUGUAGGCAUGCACUUAAAGUUUUUCAGCUGUCCCGAAUUAAUGUGGUGCCAGAUAGAUAUGUCUUGGAUCGGUGGAGGAAGGAUGAGAAGAGGACAUACACAUUGAUCAAAAGUAGUUAUGAUGACUUGCGGUCCAGUGGAGAUGCACGAAGGUAUGAGAUGGUGGUUAAAAGAUGCAUGAAACUAGCAACUAAGAUUUCACGAAGUGAUGAGCGUGUCAAUGCAUUCCUACGUGUUGUCGAUGACUUUGAUUCAAGAUGUGAUGAUGCAACGGUUGGGUCGAGAUCAGAAUCAACGCAUGUUGGUUCAAACGUACAUGCGGAUAAGGGUAAGAAG